AUGUCUGUCGAAAUAGAAUCUGAAGAUAUUAUUCGCCUGAUCUUACAAUUUUUCGAUGAACAACAUUUAGGAAAAGCUCUAAAUGCAUUAGAGUCAGAAACAUCCAUAAAGUUAAACACAGUAGCAAAUAAAGACGACUUUACUCAAGAAAUCAUUCAAGGAAAAUGGGAUCUUGUAUUGAACAAAGUAGUUACUUUAAAUAUUCGACCAAAGGCACUUAUUGAUCUCUACGAACAGGUAAUACUUGAACUUGCCGAACUACGAGAACUUGGUGCUGCACGAUCUUUAUUACGACAAAGUCAUCCCAUGUACCUAUUAAAACAACAACACCCUGAACGAUACCUGCACUUGGAACAUGUAUUAUCAAGGACAUUCUUUGAUGCAAAAGAUGCUUAUCCUAAAAAUAUGACAAAAGAAAAACGACGACAGGUGAUUGCACAAGAAUUGGCAAAUGAAGUCUCUGUAGCUUCUCCUUCAAGAUUGAUGACAUUACUGGAACAAAGUGCUCAAUGGCAGUGUCAACAAGGAUUGUCAACUUUGAAUACUUUUGACGUGUUUGGUGGUGGUAAUCAUAAUGGCAAUGAUGGUGAAAAUGCAAUAAAAAAGACAGAUGUUACUCCUAUGGAAGAAGAUGAUCAUCAUGAUCAAUUUGCAGGAACACAACAUAAGACCAUAAAGUUCCCAGGAAAGACUGCUUAUGCAGAAUGUAUGGCAUUUUCAUCAGAUGGACAAUUUUUCAUUACAGGUUCGGUGGAUGGGUUUAUGGAAAUAUGGAAUCCAGAAAAAGGCAAACUACGAAAGGAUAUACGAUAUCAAGCUGAAGGAAAUCUCAUGGCUAUGGAUGAAUCUAUUAUCUGUUUAGCAUUCGACAAAUUCAAUGAAACUUUGGUAUCAGGAUCAACAGAUGGGAAGAUCGCUGCAUGGAGAAUUCAGUCUGGUACCUGUAGGCGGCGCAUUUCUCCAGCUCAUAGUCAAGGUGUUACGUCUGUCCAACUCAACAAAGAUGCAACUCAUAUUCUUAGUGGAAGCUAUGAUCAACUCAUCAAAAUACAUAGUAUCAAGUCUGGGAAAUUGAUCAAAGAAUUCAAAGGUCAUACAUCAUUCAUCAACAGUAUUAUGUAUAUCAAUAAUGAUUCAAACAUACUUAGUGCCAGUAGUGAUGGAACGAUCAAAUUAUGGAAUGUCGAAUCAACUGAAUGUCUCUCCACCAUUCGUCCAACAGAAGAUACAACGCCUAUACAACUGAUAUUACCUCUACCGUCAAGUAUGGACCAGUUAUUCGCUGUUUGCAACAAAACCAGAAAACUCUCCAUUUAUUCGUAUGAUGGCUCUUUGGUAAAAGUGUUCCCUCUCUCUGGUAGUGAUGAAGAAACCCAAAUCAAUUCUGAUUUUAUUGGUGCGGCAUUAUCAAGGCGUGGCGAGAUCAUUUAUGGUAUCACUGAAUCUGGUAAGAUCUAUGGAUUUGAUAUGUCUACUGGAAAAUUAAUAGGACACGUUCAACUGCCGUAUACUGAAAUCAUCUCAAUGGCAAGUCAUCCAUCAUCCGAUAUGUUGGCUGUGAAUGAUGCUGCAGGUCAUAUCUAUUUAUUGAAACCUUAGAACCCAAUUUAUACAUAUUUUUAUUCUGUUUUUGUAUCAAUAAACCUGUUACUUUUUUUUCUCUC